AUGGAGUCGCCAACACUAAAAAAGCGAACUCGGGCGAAUGUUAGGCAGUCCAAGUAUGGUUGUCUCACCUGCAAACAGCGACGAGUCAAGUGCGACGAGGCAAAGCCCUCCUGUCGCCGCUGCUUACUCUCCAAGGUCUCGUGCCUCGGCUACCCACUCGGCGCACCACCCGGUCCCUCAAUUCCCUCUUCGACAGUAUCGGUCACUGAAAGGUCUCCACCUCGCAACAUAAACACUCCAUUGAAUCACUAUGCCUAUCUCGCCUGCGCUGUUCUCGGCGAAGGGCCGCGCCGCGCAAAGAGCGAACAUGAGAUGGGCUUUUGGAGCUACGUAGUACCACAAAUGAUUUAUUCGAUUCCAUCUGUGCAAGCUGCCGCUGCAGCAUUUGGCGCGUCGUAUGAUGAGCGCAUGCUCAAAUCUCACACCCAAAUUAGCGGAGGAUUGAUGACGACACGAAAUUACCACCAAGCCUUGCGAUUGGUACAGGAUGAGGUUUCGAGCCUGAAAAAUGGCACUUUACCUUGUAUUGUUUCUUGUCUACUCAUGAGCUUCACGGAGACCUUGCAGCAGCGAACUGACAGGGCAUAUAUGCAUCUUCAAGGAGCUUUCGCAAUAUCGGCAGCGCGGUUCAAGGGGAAGUCCAAGGCGGUUAGUGAUGAAGAUGACGUAUCCAGCCUAUUGGAGAAGCUCAAUCUCCACACUGCCACUUGGAGGAUGAGUAGUGAGCCUGUCUCACCUGCUCCUGAGGCAGACAGCUCACGGUUUAUGACAAUGUCCGCUGAUAGAGCACUGUAUCACAUUCUGCAAGCGUGCUAUCACUUCAUCUCCAGAGCAUCUCCUUUCAAAUACGCCCAUUUGAUGCAGGUCCCUUAUGAUCUUGUCAUCGAGCAAGGUCGUCAUCGCGGGGAUCUGCAACAGUGGCUCGCACAACACCAACUGGACAACCCCACCACGAACAGCCAAUCCCAAAACGAACAACUGCUCGUUCUUCGUAUGCAGUGUCUCGCGGCAUUUAUAUACGUAUCUAGCGUUCUAAACCCUUACGAAACAGCAUAUGAUCGUUAUGGGCCAGAGUUUCAGGAGAUUAUUUCAUCAGGCGAAACGGUUCUUAAUAUUCGAGCCAGUGACAAAUCUGCGAGGUGUUUGCCUCCGUUUACACCCGAAAUGGGCAUCAUCCAACCCCUGUUCCUCGCAGGCUUGAAGUACAGGAACUCAUUCUGGCGAAGCAAAGCUAUGGAUUUACUCCGACGGAGCGGGAGCGAAGGGCCAUGGUGCGGCCGCAAAGAAUCCAGAAUUCUAGAAACCGUGAUUCAUGUUGAAGAAAACAAGCCGCGCGAGGCCUCCUCCAACGUGGAAGAAUCGAACCUCGUCCCCAGCUACCCCGAUACCAUUACCGAGGAUGAAAGAGUUCAUUCAUGUUUGGUGGUGGACUAUCUCGAUCGGAGACAUGAGAGCGUGGUGCGAGACGAGGGACCGGGAAGCUUAGUACGUUUUGCAAAAGUUCAGUUAAGCAAAUGUCGCGAUCUAGAUGCUAUGCUGAGCGAUGAGACAAGGGGUCCCUGUAGACAGUAUUGGGCAGAUCAGGCGCAUUGGUAUACUUGGUUUGAGACUGUGGCACUUCCGGAAUAG